AAAUUGACUGUCGCAAUGAAUUGGUACAUAAAGUCUAUUUUCAUAUAAAUUAAUUAAUUCUGUAAGAUGAACACGGCUGAUAUUAGUGAAAAUGAAGUCUUUUGUGAAAAGGUGAUAAGCGAAUUAAAUAAGGUGAUAAGUGAUCCACAUGCUUCUGUACAAUCGUUUGAGAUAAUAUCCGUACCUUUUAAGCAAAACAAGAGCCCCGUACGACUUGUCGAUCAUCAUUUAGGAAUUGAAAGCUGGUGUUUAAAAUAUGUUUAUCAACAUGCACAUAAAUAUAUAAUUAAUCAGAGAAAACUCAAUCGAUAUCCGUUGACAAUUGUUAAAUAUCUCAAUUGUGCCAUUCUUAUUAAUCCAGAUGUUGCGACUUUUUGGAAUGUCAGACGACAAUUAGUCGAAAAAGUACAAUUAAGUUUAACUCAAGAAUUUCAAUUCUCACAUUUGGUGCUAAGUAAGAAACCCAAAUCUUCGGAAGCUUUCUUCUAUCGACGAUGGCUGUAUUCCUUUCAAAGUGGUGAGGCUAUAGAUUGGGCAGUGGAAAUAAGCUUAUGUGAGAGAUGUGCUGAGCGUAAAAAUAGCAACUAUCAUGCGUGGAAUCAUCGACAAUGGGUUCUCCAGAAAGCACCAAAUUUAUUAAGUUACGAGAUUAUCAAGACAGAAAAGUUUAUUCGAAAGAAUAUAGCAGACUAUAGCGCCUAUCAUCAUCGUCAUUUCGUUCUGACGAAACUUUUUGAUUUGCAAUAUUUUGAUAUUCACGACACGAAUCUAAAUGAAUUGUAUCAAUUCAUUAAUUGUGGCCAGCCAGAUGAUAAAAAAAUCAAUAACGUUGAUGACCUUGCUCUAUAUUUGCUUCCAAAUGUAUCUGUACCAUCGUCUCCACGUCAAUCGAUAAACACCGUCAAGCUCAAUAGUUUCUAUUAUUUUCUAAAUUUAAUUGUUCAUGAUCUCCGAAUGAUUAAUACGCUAACCGAGUUGCAUGGAAAAUAUGAGGCAUUUAGUUGUUACCGUCGCAUAAUAACAAAAUCUGCCGUUGACAUUUGUCGAUUGACUAAUAGCUCCAAUUAUAUGAUGACCGAGCAAUUUAUUAAGAAUACAUCAACUAAAGUGGCUCACGAUGGCAUUGCACAAUCAGUAAUUGUUGACAUUUUAAUAAAACAAUUGGACAUGAGUGAUGAGCAUAAUGUUAAGUUUGCAGAACUAUUUUUGUAAAAACUGUUGAUUAAUUUUAUUUAAUUUUGUUUUUUUUUGUUGUUGAGAUUUUUCUUCAAAGAGUUUAUUUUUAUGGAUACACACACACACACAUAAUUAUUAAUAAUACUAUUAUUCACAAUCUAAGUAUGACAAGACGAAAUAAGCAAAUCAAAUGUAAAAUUACCUAUAAAUUAUUGAAAACUCUAAAAGAGAGGAAACGAAUCUAUUAAAAUUGCUAGACAAACAGAACAAUAGAAAGCGUAAUAAAUAAAUAAAUAGUA